AUGGCUACAACAAGUAUAACUGAUACAGCUGGAAGUGGAAAAACAAGUUUCUCAGGUGAUGUCAAAAUUUCAUGGGAACCAACCGCAGAUGCUUCUGCUGAUGAAAAAGAAGAAUUCCUAAUUCCAGAGUUCACUGCAACAUUGUCAACUAAAGGUGGUGCAUUCACCAAGGAUAAUGUUGAUCAGAAAUUCCCUGGUGGAUUCCCAUGGUGGGGAAUUUUAUUGAUUGUUAUUGCUGUCAUCAUUGUGAUUGCAGUUGUUGUAGUAGUAGUCCUUUUCUUAUUCGUAUUCAAGAAGGAUGAUGGUAAAUCUGCAGAGCCAGAUGAUAAAGUCUAA